AUGAAAGAACGUCGUUUCACACAAUCGCACGUUACCGGAUCAAAAUAUAUGUAUUUUGGCGGACAAUAUGCAUUCGAAACAUCUUUACUAAAAGAUUAUCUUAUUUUGUUUGCUAUUGGUGCUGUAACUAUCUAUGCUUUUGUUGAUGUUUACAACUUCAAGCACCGCUUAAUUGUCAAUGAUGAUCAAAAGUUGGAUAGAAAUUUAUUCAUUCGAAGCAAAAUUAUUGAUACAUUUUUUUAUCGAUAUCAACGUAUUGUUCAUACGAUUGAAACACCAGAAUACGAACAUUUUAUGAUAGGAUGUGAUCGAAGUCCUCUAAGUGGCCAGGAAUAUUGUGCCCAUCAUAUACAUACAAGUCAUUCACAACAAACAAAUCUGGCCGAAGAAGAUGAUGACGAUUAUAUAUUACUUCGUAAUGGUAAACGAAGUAUGCCUUAUCAUAAAUUGUCAUGCAAUACAAAGAAAUCAAAACCAGAAGCUCAUAUUUCUACUUGUCAUCGAACAUUUGGGAUUAUCAUUUAUGUAUUUAACUGCAACGUUGUACUUGCUGGUGAACUCACCAGUGAUACACCUCAAUCUGGUGAAAUGGCAGACUCAUGGUUACCCAAAACAAUAGUGUAUGACGAUUGUUGUCAUGUCGUCAAACAUAUCAUUGAUUAUUAUCCAAAUUUUUUUCGUCAAACACCAGCCUCAACAUUUCUCUACCAUUCAUCAUUUGCGAUUGAUGCUUAUCAUUAUCUUAAUCACACCGAUACGUGGUGCAAUUCGUUUUUCUCUCUAUUACAUCCCUAUGUGUUUAUUGUCAAAUCCCUAAAGAAUGCUAAAUCUAAGAAGAAGCCAGAAAAUACAGCAACGUUAAAAAAUCAGGAUAACGAUGAUAGUUAUCUUGACGGUGGUGAUGAUGUUGCAGCCGACGGUACCUCUGUAGAACAAACAGCUUGA